ACGAAAGAGCUUACGACGCAUCAACAGUCCUCCGACAUUCAGCCAGACCGUUGACUAGCUAUCCCAGUUUCUCCAGCUCUCUCUCCACACAGCAACGACAACAUGCGUGAGAUCGUGCAUCUUCAGGCCGGGCAGUGCGGUAACCAGAUUGGAGCAAAGUUCUGGGAGGUCAUCAGUGAUGAGCAUGGCAUUGACCCAACAGGAAGCUACCACGGAGACAGCGACCUGCAGCUGGACAGAAUCAAUGUCUACUAUAAUGAGGCGUCAGGAGGGAAAUAUGUGCCCAGGGCCAUCUUAGUGGAUUUAGAGCCAGGAACUAUGGACUCUGUCCGCUCCGGCCCUUUCGGACAGAUCUUCAGACCCGACAACUUUGUCUUUGGCCAGAGCGGAGCGGGUAACAACUGGGCCAAGGGACACUACACAGAGGGAGCCGAGCUGGUGGACUCCGUCAUGGAUGUAGUGAGGAAGGAGGCUGAGAGCUGUGACUGCCUUCAGGGUUUCCAGCUAACACACUCCCUGGGCGGUGGUACCGGCUCUGGUAUGGGAACUCUGCUCAUCAGCAAGAUCCGUGAGGAAUACCCCGAUCGUAUCAUGAACACCUUCAGUGUGGUGCCCUCUCCUAAGGUGUCAGACACAGUAGUGGAGCCCUACAACGCCACCUUGUCUGUCCACCAGCUGGUUGAGAACACAGAUGAGACCUACUGCAUCGACAACGAGGCCCUGUAUGACAUCUGCUUCCGCACUCUCAAACUCACCACACCCACUUACGGAGACCUUAACCACCUGGUCUCUGCUACCAUGAGCGGCGUGACAACUUGCCUGCGUUUCCCCGGCCAGCUCAACGCUGACCUCCGCAAACUGGCUGUCAACAUGGUCCCCUUCCCCCGUCUGCAUUUCUUCAUGCCAGGCUUCGCCCCUCUCACUAGCCGGGGCAGCCAGCAGUACAGAGCCCUCUCAGUGCCAGAACUCACUCAACAGAUGUUCGAUGCCAAAAACAUGAUGGCCGCCUGUGACCCCCGCCAUGGCCGCUACCUGACCGUGGCAGCUGUAUUCCGCGGCCGCAUGUCCAUGAAGGAGGUGGACGAGCAGAUGCUGAAUGUGCAAAACAAGAACAGCAGCUACUUUGUUGAGUGGAUCCCCAACAACGUCAAGACCGCAGUGUGCGACAUCCCUCCCCGUGGGCUCAAGAUGGCCGCCACCUUCAUUGGCAACAGCACAGCCAUCCAAGAGCUGUUCAAGCGUAUCUCUGAGCAGUUCACGGCCAUGUUCCGUCGCAAGGCCUUCCUCCACUGGUACACUGGCGAGGGCAUGGAUGAGAUGGAGUUCACUGAGGCGGAGAGCAACAUGAACGACCUGGUGUCCGAGUAUCAGCAGUACCAAGACGCCACUGCUGAGGAGGGAGAGUUUGAAGAGGAGGGAGAGGAAGAGGUGGCCUAAGGCUGAAAUCACUCAUCAUUUCUUGUCUGCACUUGUCAUAACUCCAUCCAUCCACUUAUUUCAGUCCUACUCUGCUCUCUUUCUUUCACUCCCGCCUUUCCUGGUUCCUUUUCUCUCUUCCUCUCUUCUUACUUCCAUUGACAGUCAUUCCUCCAGCCACAGUGUAAUUCACAGCACUAAAAAAACUGAUUCUCUCAUCUCAGUGCUCUUAUAAAAGUAGCUAACACUGGUGUGCUCGUGGUUGUUUGUCAGUGGCUUUUCUCUUCAUGUUCAUCAAUCAAACAGCUUAUACCUGGACCAAAAAAUCCAAUAAAACUGUUUAACUCACUUUAAAGUUGAUCAUUUGCCUAAUUUGGCAUUGAUUGAAAUAAAGUUGUUGGAAAUAAAC